AUGGCUCGGUGGUUGGGAGCGGCGGCUGUGGCGGCGCUGGUGAUUGUGAUGGCAUGCGAGAGGAUCAGCGAGCAUGGCAUGAAACCUGGUGAGCUAGAGCAAUCAAGACAAGACCUGGAUGCCGAAGCACGAGCUAUCGACGACAGAUGGUCAACGCCAGACCCUUGGGCAAUCGAUUCCGACGAGCACACUUUGGCUUUCGGAAGAGAGCCGGCCGGACUGUCUGAGUUCUUCGAAGAGAACCCUCAGCGCUUUGCGCAUGGUGAGGCCGGAGACUUCGAGUGGCCAUACGUGUGGGAGGGGAAGGAUGCCAGGGGCAUGCGAUCGGGGUAUGAUUGGCAAGGUGCGAGCACAGCAGUGAAGGUGCACGAUGAAGUGGUCCCCCGUUGGUCCUUGCCCAUGGCUCGAAGGCCCAGAGCUGCUCUUUCACAGCUGAGGCUUCAGUCUCUUUCUCCGUCCUCGUACACUGACUUCACGAUGUCGGGGGAUGGCGUCAGGUGCGUUUGCGACUCGGCAGCUGCAGGAGACGAGGAGAUGGAGGGUCUCGACCCCAACGUAAGGCCUGCGUGCACCUGCACUGGGGGGAGAAGAACUUCCUUCAGCGGCACUGAGGAAGGAGGACCGCUGGAUACAGGCGCUGAGGGUGCAUGGCCGCAGGGCCUACCCGACAACGGAGGAGUGGCGUACAUUGACGGAGGGUCGACAAGAGCCUACAAGUCCAUCUCUGCUCAAUCUCUUGCUGCUCUGCCGUCUCAGAUGGAGCACAAGUGGAUAACGCUGGUGAAGCUCGCUGAAGACGCGUUGAGCGAGGGCGGAAACAGCAGCGCCGUGCCUUCCGAAGCCUCCGAACCAGCAGAGGCGAAAGAGGAUGACGGGCAGUCCGCCGUUGAGGGUUCUGAAGGAAAUGAGAAUGCCGAUGCACAAGAUUCUGUGGAAGAUGAGACCAAGGAGGAGGGAGGAGAAGAGGUAAGAGAAGGUGAGGGUAAAGAGCUCGAGGAGCCUUCGGCUGCCAAUGCAACAGCUGGCGACGAAGCGCAACAUUCAUCCAGUGCUGCCGAAGUAGAGGCGAAGCCUACCUGGUGGAAGCUGCAUCACAACCCAAGUGCUUCACCUCUUGAUCGGUUGGCGACCUUGAAGACCCUCUCGUGCUUAUCCUGCUGCAGAAACCUCGUCGAGCGCUUCCGCAGAGUCUUCAGGAUCUUUCUGAGCGAGUCCGCGUACUGCGAUGAGCUGGGCGAGCGGGACGUCACAUGUGCUACGGGUUGA